AUGAUCAGAAGCAUUUGAUUUAUAUACCAGAAUGGCGUUUUCUCAGUCUAUUAAACGAGGACAGGCUCCUGCUACAUGUAAUCUAUGUGAAGUGGAAACUAAGAUCAAAUGGAAAUGCAUUAAUUGUGACGUUAUUAUGUGUGAAAAAUGCAAGUACAAAGUUCACGUUAAAUUUAAAUUUUCAAAGAACCACACAGUUAUAGACAUAAAGCAAAUUGGAAUUUAUCGUGAAGCACUCGAUUUUAGCGAUUUGAAAUGUGAAAGACAUCCCGAUCAGUCUUGCGUUUUGUUUUGUACAACUUGUGACAGAUUAGUCUGCACGUCAUGUAUUACAAAAUUCCAUCAUGGACAUGGAUUUAUAGAAAUUAGCGAAGGCUAUAAAAUCAAAGUAGAAAGAAUAAGAAAUGAACAAACAAAAGCAAAAGAAAAAAUAAAGGAGCUGACGAAAGGAAAAGGAGCAAUAGGCCAUGGUAAUGUAAAAGACAAUAAACAAUACAAAGAUUUGAUACGGAAAAUAGAGGCUCAAAAUAUCGAAAUAAAAAAAUCAGCUGACAAAUUUGCAGAAGAAUUGAAAAGUGAAUUGAAAAGAAAAUGGAAAGAAUUGCAGGAGAAAAAAGCCACAAGGAUAGUCGAGAAAGUCGUGGAUAACCUAAAUAAACUAAUUUCAAAUGCGGAAGAUAUCAUUCAUUCCAAGGAAGCUGAAAAAGUAUUUAUGGAUUGUGAAAAGUUGUCAACGGCCGUCAGUAUAGAUGAUAUAGAUCCCGGUACCAUAUCAUUUCUCCCAGGACAAAUAUCACCGUAUAACGUGGGAUCGUUGCAAGUUGUAUCUAAUGCCGUCGACGUACGUAUCGUUAAACAAUUCCAAACUGAUAUUUCUAGAGUGUUUUUUCUAUCGUUAUGUCCCGAUAAUUCUCUGUGGAUAAGUGAUCAAGACGUGUUACAGAAAGUAAAACCAGUAGAACAUAAACUGACAGUAGAAUCAACAUUUAACAUUGAAGUCUAUGGAAUGGAGGUUUCUCCGACAGGUGACCUGCUUCUGUCAUCAGGUGGAUCAGUACUGAAACAAAUCAGUGGUAAAACAGGAGAACUUACUGAUUCUAUUUAUGAUUUGUCUCCGUUAGAUCCCUUUUCAAUACAUGUGACCAAAGAUGGUAAGGUCAUAGUGGGAGUCAGGAGUGCCGGAAAAGCAUGGCCGGCUACGGGCAGACGAGCUAUCAUUGUGAUGAACCAGAAAGGAGAACAUGAAACUAUCUAUGAACUUGACAAAAACAACAUCCGAAUAUUUACAUUUGUUAAGAGUAUAACAAGUACAGAUAACGGGAAUAUCUGUGUAGUGGAUAGGUUAUCUGAGGAUAACAGAGAUAGAGUUGUGGUACUAAAUAGGGACGGAGAUAUCCUACAGAUCUACACCGGUCAUCAUCAGGUCAAUAAUGAGAACAAGCCGUUCAAACCAGUGAAUAUUGUUACUACACCGUCUGACAAUAUUAUUGUGACACAAUUAAACAUUUAUAUCUUUCACAUACUGAAUAACUGUGGACAUUUGAUCACACAUUAUAAAAUGGGUGACAUAGGAUUAGCAAAGCCAUAUUCUCUUUGCUUCACAAAAACCGCGGGACAAUUGUAUAUCGGAUGUAGCACAGGACUAAAAAGUUCAGAGAAAGCAAAGUUAUAUGAAGUGCACCUUUCUGGUUGUUAGACAAACAAUGAAUGAAAACAUAAAAUAUCUAAAUUUACUUUUAUUUUUCAAACUAUUUUUUUCAUUUGAAUUUGAAUAAUCAUUCUUCAUUUUCUGAACAUUUUUUUUCUCAACAAAUUUCAGAGUGUUCUAAAAAAUUAAGAUAUCAAUAUACAGACAGUGAAAUGUGUUUUAUUUAAUCGGACAUGAACAGUGAAUAAUUUGUUUUGUGGGACCAUAAUGUCGUCAAAUUAGAAUUGUAGAUAUUUAAAUUGAAAUAAAAAAAUCCUUUGUUUAUGCCUUUGCUACUACUUAUAUAUAAUAUUUUAUUUGUAAUCUAUGUUUUAAUUGUUUGGAAUAA